ACUGAUCAUCCACGUUCUAGUUUAAUGAUACUGUUGUUACUAACAAGUCAAUAUCGUUCAUUCCAUGACAUACAUUUGUAGUUUGUGCUCCAUUCAAAAUGAAUAUGCGUUUUCUAUAUAUAGUAUUCGUAUGUUUCUGUACGGUGUAUUCUAAUGAAGUAAAGAAGAAAUGUGAAGAAAUCACAGUGCACAAUAAACCACAUAGAAAACAUGUUUUAAGUAUGGGUCUAAAUAGACCGUACCAACUGGCUUUCGACAAGCAUCACAAUAAAUUAUUCUUUAGCCACAAUGUCGGGAGUGACGAAGAAGAUGCUUUUGAAAUUGCAUACAUUGAAAAAGACGAAAUGAUUCCCAAAGUUUUGAGUUCAGUGAAAAACGGAUUCGCAAUUGCAAUUGAUAAUAAAGAUGGUGUCAUCUAUUAUGGCGGCAGUGACGGAAUCUACAAAGAGCAUUUGAAAGAAAAGAACGCAACUAUACACGAGGUGUUGAAGGAACACAAUGUGUGGGACAUGUUUUUUAAACAUACGUUAUAUUUCAUAACUUAUCCAUUGCAACACCUGUAUAAACUGAAAGAAAAGAAAGCGGAGCAUCAAAAACAUAUACACGAGAAAAUCUAUCAAUUCGUGAUUGAUGGUAACGAUGAUAUAUUUAUAACAAAUGAAACCGGAUUAUUUUUAAUCAAAAAUGGCACAGAGGAUCGGAUAUUUUACAAGGGUCCGAAAGUUUUCCGUGCGAUUGAGGUGCACAGCCGGGGAUCGAACAUACGACGUCAGGAAUCAGAGUCGCACGCUGAAGACAUUGGGUCAACACUGCUCACUGUAUAAAUACACACAGGUGCUUUAGAUAAAUCAUGGAGGCGGUUCCUUUAAUAGAAAGUCUAUUAUUAACAUUGAUUUAGUUUAUUAAUAGAAUUUAAAAAUACGUUUAACGUUGGCUGUGCUUGACUAAUGAAAUUCCGAGUAUUUGAAAGAAAUAUAAAAUCUAUAAUUGGAUUGUAGGUACAACUAAAGAAGCCGGAAAAGUACUGGUUCAUUUUCAA